AUGUUUUCAGAAGAUCACUACAAUUUUCAAUACCCUCUGUUUGUCACCAGCGUUCAUAUGAUUGUGCAGUUUGUGUUUUCGGGCACAUCGUUGCUUGUUGUACCUAAACUACGACCUACUAAACGACCCAGCGCUUCCGAUUACAUAUACAAAGUGCUUCCUUGUGCAUUAGCGACAAGUCUUGAUAUUGGGUUGUCUAAUCUCUCACUCAAGACAAUCACCCUAUCAUUUUAUACCAUGUGUAAAUCAUCUACACUUGCUUUUGUAUUGAUCUUUGCAUUCAUCUUUAAACUGGAGAAACCAAGCUGGAAACUGAUUUUGAUCAUUGUCAUUAUUACAGCAGGUGUUGUACUCAUGGUAUCGGAUGAAACAGAUUUCAAUUUGGUUGGGUUCAUUCAAGUCAUGGCUGCUUCUGCUUUUGGUGGUCUGCGAUGGUCCUUGACCGAGGUCCUGUUGAGAAAAGAAAGUAUGGGCUUGACAAAUCCGUUUGCUUCCAUCUUCUUCUUGGCCCCUUCUCAAGCCAUCAUCUUAUUGAUCAUCUCAGCUGGUGUAGAAGGCUAUUUCACCAUCUUUCAUAGUGCCUUUUUCGCUACGUUUGGUGAAGGGUUACAUACGAUGGGCAUCGUUUUGGCAGGCGGCAGUCUUGCUUUUUGUAUGAUCAUGUCUGAAUUCUUCUUGAUCAAACGUACAUCUGUUGUUACUCUCAGUGUGUGUGGUAUUUUCAAGGAGGUAGCUACCAUCUUUAUCUCAUCACUUGUCUUUGGCGACAUCUUGACCAUCAUCAACAUAAUCGGUCUAUGCAUCACAUUGUUUGGUAUUGGCUUAUACAACUGGCUUAAGUUCAAAAUGAUUACAGCAAAAGCGCGCAAAGAAACAGCGGCUAUUGAUGUUGGACAGGAGGAAAACUAUCGACUGCGUGGUGCAGUGGGGGAUGGUGAGGAUGAUGAGGGCGACGAUGACUAUGAACUCGACAGAAGUGCAUCGCAUCAUCUAUACAGUACUGUGGCUGAAAGUACACCCAUAUUGCUUGUCGAUGGAGGGCUUUCUGCUUAUCGAGACAGUGAUGAUAUCCGGCGCUCUCAUGAUGAUCGUUAUGAGAUGCGAUAA